AACUCCAACUAAACAAAUUGAAAGGAAAUAUUAAAACUUUUUCUAGUUUUCACAAAAUGCUAUUAACGGUCAUGCUAAUUUUGCGACCCCUAUUUUAUGCCCUAGUCAGACAGACAUACGCAGAGACUCCAUAGUUUCCAAAUUCAACCAUGGCGAUGAGCAAAGCUGAAUACCUACCCCAAGAAAUCAUCAUUGAUAUACUCUCCCGGCUGCCUGCAAAAGCCAUAGGCCAGUUCAGAUGCGUGUCAAAACAGUGGCUCAAUUUUCUCUCAGACCCACAAUUCAUCAAAUUUCACCACACCAUCCAUUCCCAUAAAGAAGAUGCGAAACUCAUUUUCGUAUCUAGUUCUGCCGCUCUUCACACUAUCACGUUUAACCAAAACCCCCAUAAUGCCAUUUCAAGAAACCUUAAUUUUCCGCAGCUCUCACACAACUGGGUAAAAGUUGUUGGCUCAUCUAAUGGCUUGGUCUUGGUGGAGAAUGCGGAAAAUAUUAAAUAUUUAAUCAACCCCACAACCUUAAAGUACCAUAGAAUUCCAAACUUUCAUUUGGCUCUUCCUGUGCCUGGUAUCUUUAGCAUGUGUGGUCUAGGGUAUGAUUUUGCUAGUGAUGACUAUAAGGUGGUUACGCUUUCUCGAUAUAAACGGGAUUUAGACAAUAUUUUUGUUGAUGUCUACUCUGUUAGAAUGGGUCUAUGGAGGAGGCAUGGGAAGCUACCUGUUGAUCAUGGAGUUCCUAUUGGCGGUUCUGGGGUUUUAGUAAAUGGGGCUUUGCAUUGGUUGGCUAGGAAAUCUCCUUAUUAUUCCUCUGUAAUUGUUGCUUUUGAUUUAAAUGAUGAGACAUUCUUGGAGCUGCCAGUACCUAAUGCACUCGAUGACAAUAAUUUUGUGCUUUGUGAUCUUGUGGCUUUUAGAGGGUGUCUUUGUAUGUUGUUGAAUGAUACAGAAGAAAACAAAAUUGAGUUUUGGAUGAUGAAAAAAUAUGGGGUUGAGGAGUCUUGGACCAAACGUAGGAUUGCUGGACUGGAUUUAGUGCAUGGUUUGGUGCCAUUUUGUUCAAUUAGUGAUGAUGAUGUUGUAUUGAAUGUCGAUAGAGAGAAGUUGAUUGUCUACAACAUGAAAGAGGAUCUGUGGAGGGAUAUGAAGGUUGGUGGAAUAACUGCUAAGUUUGAAAGAACUAGAUCUUUCAUGGAGUCUCUUGUAUCUCCUAUGUUAGGCAAGGAUACUGAUGGUUACGGUAUUGCUUGAUGCAAUAUUCUGCGAUGAUGUUGUACUCAGAAGCUACUAUCACGUUACAUUGGAAAUAACCUCUCUAUCUCCACAAGGUAGGGGUAAGGCUGCAUACACACUAGUCUCGUAUAACCCCACUAUGUGGGAUUAUACUGGGUUUGUUGUUGUACUAUCAUGUUACAAAAUACAGUCUGCGUGAACAGCCUAAAGAAUCUCCCGCACCUUUCUCCUCCCCGCCCCCACCCCGCCCAUACAAGAGAAAUGGUUUCAUCAAUUAAAGAGUUGGAUUUUUGAGGAUACAUGGUGGUAUUUCAUGGAUUUAAAUAAUAGCAAGCAGAGAAAACUCGCACACCCGGUGUUUCCACUAUAUCAAUGAAUGUACGAGAUAUGUGUUUUAUACACAUUUAUCUCUUAACUAUAGUUAAUUUGUGUGUAUUCUCAUCUCAAGUUAUUCUCAACUGCGGUAAAUUCACAUGGUUUGGUUUAAACACCAUGUGUGGAUAAGUUUCUCUCGUUGCAAACUGAUACUUGUUCUGUGCCUUGCACAUGAAUUAAUCUACUCUAAGCUGUGUACGGAGGCUUGGUGUUUUGUGUGAUAAGAAUGUGCCGCAUAGACUUAAAGAUAAGUUUUACAAAGUGGUGAUUAAACCGACUAUGUUAUAUGGGCCAUUUAAGAACUCUCAUAUCCAAAAGAUGAAAGUAGUCGAGAUGAGGAUGCCGAGGUGGAUGUGCGGGCAUUUCAGGAGGGAUAAGAUUAGGAAUGAAGUUAUUCGGGAUAAGGUAAGCGUGGCCCUAGUGGAUGACAAAAUGGAUGAAGUGAGGUUAAGAUGGUACGAGCAUGUGAGAAGGAGAGCCACUGAUGCCCCCGUGAGGAGUUGUGAGAGAUUGGUUGUGGUGAGCAUGAGGAGAGGUAGAGGUAGGCCUAAAAAGUAUUGAGGCGAGGUGAUUAGGCAGGACAUGACAAAACUUCAGCUUAUUGAGGACAUGACCCUAGAUAGGAGGGUGUGGAGGUCGAUGAUUAGAAUAGAAGGUUAGGAAGUAGUUGGGUGUAUUCCUUUGUCAUCCUAAUGGCACUAGUAUUAGUCUUGUAGUUUUUUUUUUCAUUUUCCUGUUCGUAGAGCUAUAUUCUUACCUGUUAUUUCUUUUGCUUCAGUUAUUUUACUAUACCGUUGCUGUUUAUAUAACGAUGUUGUUAUUGCUUAUUG